AUGCCCGAAUCGAUCAUCAUCCGCAGCUCCUCCAACGGUGGCCAGGCCACCGUCAAGCCCACCGCCACGUUCACAGGUGAUGUUUAUUUCGACGUCUUGCAUAGGGAUGAAAAGACUACGAUGGCCAAUGUUACUUUCACUCCCUGUGCACGGACAUAUUGGCACACCCAUGAAGAAGGGCAAUUCCUGAAGGUUGUAGCCGGUUCUGGUUGGAUCUGUGACCAGGGCAGCGAGCCACGUCGCAUCAAGAUGGGAGAUCUGAUCUGGGCUCCCCCGGGAACGACCCACUGGCAUGGAGCGGAUGAUGGUAACAUCAUGACACAUUUCGUGAUUGGUUUGGGUAAGACUACAUGGCACGAUCCAGUGACUGAUGAGCAAUAUGAUGCCAAGAAGGAUUAG